GUAGGAAUGCUAUGAUGAAAAAGUAAUUUUACAAACGUUUUUUGCCCCAAAAGUGUUUUUUAUGUGAAUAGAUGGUUUUUUCAUCAGUAGACUAUUUGUCAGACGUAGAUCUUAUGGGAUGAAAAAUGUGAAGUAGUCUGAAUACAAAGUUUGUAUAUAAAUUAAGAAAUCUUUUUGUCCAAGAAUGUGGAACAAAGGAAUUUUUAUUUUUGGAGAGAACAAAGUCUCACGAUUGCAUUUUCAUCAUACAUACUCUUUCUUUUUCUGUUGUAGGCUCGACUGGUAAUCAACAACAGCGACCUAUGCGCCAGCAGUCACAACCACAGCAACGUGAACGUGCAAAUUCCACUAGAGAACGUGCUAAUUCGACACGCGGUAGCCGUACAGCAUUAAAAUUUACCGGUGAUUUUGAUUUUGAAAAAGCCAAUGCUGAGUUUGAUAAAAAUGCUAUUACAGAAGAACUAAAAAAAAGUCUUUCGAUCAAAUCAACAUCUACAUCAGCCAAUUCUAAAAAGGAUACAUCGGAUACUGCAACAACAAAAUUAACACCUACUUCAAAUUCCACUACAAAUGAACAAACGACAACAACAAAACCCCAAUCACCAACAACAACAAGUUCCGAAAAUGAUAAUACAAAUUCAACGAAACAAUCUCAAUCACAACAACAACAAGAUGGUAUUGACCAAAGUGGUUUUUAUGAUAAAACAAAAAGCUUUUUUGAUCGUAUCUCAUGUGAAGCAACAGAAAAAGAUAAAACUAAUGCACGUCGUAAUUGGGCUGAAGAGCGUAAAAUCAAUGCUGAAACAUUUGGAUUAUCCUAUCGUCCGCAAACAGCAGUGGGUGGAUAUCAACAACAACAACGUGGUUUCUACCGUGGACGCGGUUCAAAUAUGUACAAUAAUAAUAAUCGUCAAAUGUAUUAUAAUAACAGUAUGAGAUAUAACAAUCAAAAUUAUAACAAUCGUCAAAGACCAAUGGGUGGAAAUGGAGGAUAUGAUGGAUAUGAAAUGAAUGGUGGUGGAGGAGGUGGAUAUAAUAAUUACCGAAAUUAUGGAAUGAACGGUAAUGGUGGCAUGGGAGGACGUCAAAUGCAAGGAGGAUAUGGUUACCAACGAGGUGGUAUGAGAACUGGUAGAGGUAUUCGUGCACAAUCAUAA